GCGCGCGUGCAGGCUGGCGCUUCCGGCCCCGGCCGAGGUGCGGGUCGCCCCAAGAGGUGUGUUGUCGUGGCGCGAGGGAUCCUGGGGCUGCUCCAGCCACGCGCCGCUGCCGUCUCCUGGGAUGGUGUGGGUUACCUGGGAGAUCCUGUGCCUUCAAACCCUACGAGUCCAUACUUUAAAACAAAAUGAAGAAAUUAAGGCUUAAGGAACUAGAGAGUCGCCUGCAACAAGUGGAUGGAUUCGAAAAGCCCAAGCUACUUCUAGAACAGUAUCCUACCAGGCCGCACAUUGCAGCUUGUAUGCUCUAUACAAUCCAUAACACGUAUGAUGACAUUGAAAAUAAAGUCGUUGCAGAUCUAGGAUGUGGUUGUGGAGUACUUAGCAUUGGAACUGCAAUGUUAGGAGCAGGGUUGUGUGUUGGAUUUGACAUAGAUGAAGAUGCAUUGGAAAUAUUUAAUAGGAAUGUGGAAGAGUUUGAGUUAACAAAUAUUGACAUGGUUCAAUGUGAUGUGUGCUUAUUAUCUGACAGAAUGUCCAAGUCAUUCGAUACAGUGAUUAUGAAUCCUCCCUUUGGGACCAAAAAUAAUAAAGGGACAGAUAUGGCUUUUCUAAAGACUGCUUUGGAAAUGGCAAGAACAGCAGUAUAUUCCUUACACAAAUCCUCAACUAGAGAACAUGUUCAAAAGAAAGCUGCAGAAUGGAAAAUCAAGAUAGACAUUAUAGCAGAGCUUCGAUAUGACCUGCCAGCAUCAUACAAGUUUCAUAAAAAGAAAUCAGUGGACAUUGAAGUGGACCUAAUUCGGUUUUCCUUUUAAAAGCCCCCGCAAACAAAAGUAGUUUAAAACCUAUUUAAAAUGAAUAAAAAAUUGGUUUACUAAA